UAUGAUGAACAUUAACCACAAAAGAUAUGGUAGAAUGGACGUUCCUUGGUUUCUCAUCCUUGUAUUUUUCAAUAGCGGGUGCUCAUUUUCAAUGAAUAUCUCUAAUCAUACAAUAGUUAACUCUCAUACUUUGUGUGAAUAAUCUAAAGGCAUUUUACAGUAUCUGGUGCAAUUUUGAAGUGAAAAUAAUAUUUCUAGGCGGAGUUAUGAAUUUUUUUGGAAGAGGAUCUCAAACUUCAAAAGUGACCCUCGACUGUAAAAUAGUUGUACUUUAGUAACUAUUGGGAGCUAACACGUUAAAUUCAUAGCAUAGAUAGAGAGGCAGUACUGCAUUUUGGUAAAAAGGAAACGCUUUCACCUCUCUUUGAUCAAGAGUUAUUAGCAUUUUACGGAAAAGAAAUAAAACGCUUACAUCUCACGAAUCAUCUAGUAAGAGAGGCCCAAACUUGGUGGUUGACCAGCAUUCGGUAAGAGCUAUGACCAACCACAUAAAAUUAGAAGUCCCUAGCUAUUAUGAUCGAGAGCAAUGGUACUCAAAGGAUUAAAUAAUUUUUAUUCUAUCAUUUAUUUAUUUUUGCUAGGUUCAUAAGAAACAACAAGAAAAAAAUAAAUUAGAUUUAACAACACAAAAACAACGUGAUGAUGAACGAAAAAAGAAAGCACAACAACGUGCACAAAAACAAGAACGACGACGAUAA